AGUUCUUGCUCUUCCUAAUCUCUUCUUCUCCUCCUCCUCCUCCUCCUCCUUAAUUUCACUUUUACGUCGAAGACAUUAAGAAACUCUUAAUUAACAUCUUCGUCGCAAAUAAACUUGCCUUUUUAAAGCAUGGAAAAUGUGUUCAAUCACUUUGACGAAAACAGAGAUGGGAGGAUUUCACCCUCGGAGCUGCAACAAUGUGUGGUGGCAAUAGGUGGGGAGCUUUCGCUGACGGAGGCAGAGACGGUGGUAGAGUUGCUUGACUCGGACGGUGAUGGCUUGCUGGAGUUGGAGGACUUCGUGAGGUUGAUUGAAGGAGGGGAAGAGGAAGAGAAGGUGAAAGAUUUGAGAGAGGCGUUUAAGAUGUAUGAGAUGGAUGGUUGUGGGUGUAUAACACCAAAGAGUCUUAAGAGGAUGCUCAGUAGACUGGGUGAAUCCAAGAGUCUGGAUGAGUGUGAGUUCAUGAUUGCUCAAUUUGAUCUCAACGGUGAUGGGGUCAUCAACUUUGAUGAAUUUAGGUCCAUGAUGUCAUGAUUCUUCGCACCUUUCACUUGUUUAUGUGGGCGUACUGAUCAUUAUUCUAUUCAUGGAUGCCGUAUCUGGCUUAUUUCAUUAAUUUCUCACCA